UUCGCCUUCUCACUUUUUGAUUUGCCUCCAAGACCAACAAGAUGGCCACGACUCAAAAAGAGCUCGGACAAAUGGACCUCCAGGAGCGCGUCUCCUACAUCCAGUCCGCGACCAAGGACAAGGAUGCCGAUGGUGACUACACUGACGCCAAGACGCCCGGUGAGCUCGAAGACGGCGCACUCGUUGCUGGUGGUGCGCUCUCGCUCGUCUCUCGUGAGGCCCUCGCGCUCUUCUCGCAGUACUUUGCCAUCGGUAUCCUCUACGGCAUGUUGCCCGGCAUGCAGUACUCGGUGUUCCAGAACUACUUGAAGAUGGAAGGCUACCAAGUGUCGGCCUACGGUGUCCUCGUCGUGCUCGGCUGGUCGUUCAAGGUCUUCUUUGGUAUGCUCUCGGACUGCGUCCCGAUCAUGGGUUACCGCCGCAAGCCGUGGAUGCUCAUCGGCUGGAUGAUCGCCACGAUCUGCCUCUGCGUCAUGACGUUCUCGUCGUUCCCGGACCCGUACUGCGAUGCGCGCAAGAUCCCCUGCCCGAAGAAGGUGCCGACCGGCGCCAACAUGACGGCGGCCCUCAAGCAGUGGUACAACUUUGACGCGCCGGACCAGGGUGGCAAGUUUGUCAUGCUCUCGGUCAUUGUCAGCUUUGGCUACGUCAUGGCCGACUGCGCCGCCGACGCCAUGGUCGUCCAGUACGCCCAGCGUGAGCCCGUGGCCAUUCGCGGCCGCACCCAGACCGCCAUCUACACGCUCCGCUACAUUGGCUCGACGGUCGCCCAGGUGUGCAUUGCCUUUCUUCUCAACGGCGCUGAGUACGGCGGCUCGUUCAGCUACUCGGUGUCGCCCAACGUCAUUUACGCCAUUUGCCUCGUGCCGUGUGCUCUCAUCAUGUUCAGCACGCUCUUCCUUCUCGUUGAAGUCAAGACCGAGCGCACGCCGUUCGGUGCCUACAUCUCCAACUUCUGGGGUCUUCUCCAGAAGCGCGUCAUGUGGCAGAUCUGCGCCUUCAAGUUCAUCAACCAGGUCUUUGCCGGUAUCAGCGCCACCCCGGGCAGUCCGAUGGCUUCGGUCUGGGCUGAAGUCGAGCCGCUCAACGAUGCGCUCUCGGGUGUCUUGAGCUACCUCAUCAUGACGCUUGUCAUGGCGGCUGUCGGCAAGUGGGGUCUCCACUGGAACUGGCGCUGGGUCAUCGCUCUCGGCACGGUCGGUAUCAUCCUUAUCGACGGCAUUGUCAUUUUUGUCACGAUCUGGGAUGUUUUCCGCAACCAGUGGUUCUUCACGGGCGUCCCGCUUGCCGACAAUGUCCCCGCCGGUAUCCGCUUCAUCGUCGCCACGUACUGCGCUGUCGAGAUUGCUGACGUCGGUAACGAGGGCGCCACCUACGGCCUUGUGUCGACGAUCUCCAACUUGGCGUCGCCGUUCGCGUCGGUGAUCUACAAGCUCAUCGACUCGUACUUUGACGUGUCCAUGGACCAGAUGGCGGUUGAUGACAACCAUGUCCGCUGGGAGGUCACGUACUGCUACUUCAUCUCGUAUGCGUGCAAGCUUGCGGCGCUUGGCUGGCUCUUCCUCCUCCCGCCGCAGAAGGAAGCCAUGCAGGCGCUCAAGAAGCGUGGCCAGACAAGCAAGCUCGCGGGCGCGCUCUUGGUCAUUAUCUUCUUCCUCGCGCUCACGUUCUCGGUGACGACCAACUUUUUGUCCGUGUACCCGUCGACCAAGUGCCUCCGCGUCGCUGGCGGCAAGGGCCGCAAGAACGGCACGUGCAUCGUCAAGAAGUAA